AUGCGGUUCAGAAAGAAGGGAAAGCUUAGCCCUCGAUUUAUUAGCCCAUUUGAGGUUUUGGGGCGAGUGAGGGAAGUGGCUAACAAAUUGGCCUUGCCACCUAGCUUAUCAACGGUACAUCCUGUAUUUCAUGUUUUUAUGUACCGAAAGUAUAUUCUGUACAAGACUCAUAUGUUAUCUCUUGACACGACAGAGUUGGGUUCAGAUUUGACUUUUGAGAAGGAGCCCAUAGUAAUUCUUGAUAGACAGGUCCGUAAGCUUAUGACCAAGAACUUAGCUUCAAUGAAGGUACAGUGGAGGCACCGUUCAUUCGGAGAGGCAUCUCGAAAGUCGGAGGAUGAUAUGCGGGCCUGA